CCCCACAUCGAUUUGGGUAUGUCUGAAUUGGUGGCAGUAAGAGCGGAGUUCGGCGGUGAUAGCGCAGGGCGGAGAAAAGGCUAUUCUGACCGAUAGAUAGAGAUGAGUUCUUCUCUGUUCGCCACGAGCGCCAUGGAGGCUCCCAUGAGCUCUUCCCUGGGUGCCAUGGGCCCCCUUCUCAGGAAGCUGCAUUCGCUGCUGGACCCCGACCACCGGCUGCCCAGGCCACUGAAGCACGGAAUCGAGCUCCUCAAGGAAGAUUUGGAAGAAUUAAGCGCCGACCUGUUGGAGCAGUCAAUGGCGGAUUCCCCCAACCACAAGGCAAUGUACUGGAUGGAUGAGGUGCGUGAACUUUCCUAUGAAAUAGAGGACUGCAUCGAUGACAUGAUGCUGAGGCACACCGGCAAUGGCGUCAAGACCAGACCCGUCCGCGGCCACAGGGUCAGUCGUGUCAAGGUGUCUCGGCUUUUCAAAUCACUGAAGCCAUGCACAAGGGUUUCCAAGAUCACAGAGCUCAGGACCCUGGUGCUGGAGGCGAGUGAACGGCGUGAGAGGUAUCAUCUUGAUGAUUGUGCCUCGAGUUCUAGCCGUGUGUUCACUGGGCACAAUCGGGUUCCAGGCCUAUAUGGACAUGCGACGGAUUUCCUUGUUGGUAUUGAUGACCUGAAGAUUAAGCUUACCAAGUGGCUUUCUGAGGAUGCUGAUCAACAACUGAAAAUGGUCUGUAUAGAUGGACCUGCAGGGGUUGGCAAGACCACGCUGGCUAAACAACUGUACCGUGAGCUUGGAGAGCAGUUUGACUGCUCGGCUUUUGUGCGGGCAUCGCGAAGGUCUGACACAAAAAGACUACUUGGGGACAUCCUCUCUCAAGUUCAGUGUUGUCAGUUACCCUCUUAUUCCUGCGAGGUGCAAAGUCUUAUUGACAAUCUCAUGAAAUAUCUCCAAGAUAAGAGAUACUUUAUAGUAAUUGAUGAUCUGUGGGAAACAACAACAUGGGAUAUUGUUAAAAGCGCUUUUCCGGAUGGUAAAAAUUACAGUAGAAUAAUGACAACAGCAGAAACUGACAGUGUAGCUCUGGAAUGUUGUGGUUAUCAGUCUGAUAAUAUUUUGAAAAUGAAACCCCUUGGCAGCCAUGCCUCUGCAGAAUUGUUCUUCAGUAUUGUUUUUGGCUCUGAACAUCUGUGUCCUGAUCAAUUUAAGGAAGUUUCAGAUAGAAUCAUUAGAAAGUGUGGUGGUUUGCCGCUAGCAACCAUCUGUAUUGCUGGUCUCUUAGCAAGGCAGACGGAUAACUCUGAGCUAUGGCAUCACCUGCAGAAAUGUUUAUGCUCCAAAUUAAGUACAAGUCCUACUUUGGAAGAGAUGCUGAAAGAAGUACUAAACCUUAGCUACAGUCGUCUUCCUCAUUAUUUGAAGACAUGCUUGCUGUAUCUUGCUAUGUAUCCAGAGGGGUUCACGAUGUGGAAGGUUGAUUUGUUGAAGCAAUGGAUAUCUGAAGGUUUCAUUACUGCAAAGCAAGAAAAAGAGGUGGAGGAAAUUGCAGAUAGCUAUUUUUAUGAGCUUGUCAACAAGGGAAUGAUCCAACCUGAGCUAAUUAAUCACAAUGAUGAGGUGUUAUCCUGUACAUUGCACCACACUGUUCGUGAUCUUAUCAUGUACAAGUCCAAAGAAGAGAAUUUUAUCACUUCCAUAGAUUACUCAAAAGCCAUCACAGGAAAUUCUAAUAUGGUUCGUAGACUUUCUCUCCACUUUAGCAGUGCCAAAUAUGCGACCAAGCCAUCAGGUGUAAUACUGUCGCAAUCGCGAUCACUUUUCUUUUUUGGACUUCUCAGAUGUUUGCCUUCUGAUGUGGAAUUCAAGUUGCUGCGAGUAUUAAUCCUUGACUUUUGGGGCAACCAAUAUGGGCAUACGAGUCUCAACCUCACAAGAAUUUGCAGUUUGGUUCACCUCAGAUAUUUGAAGAUUUCAUGCGAUAUCAUUGUAGAACUACCAGCACAGAUGCAAGGACUACAAUACAUGGAAACACUGGAAAUAAAUGCAAGAUUAUCUGCUGUUCCAUUGGAUAUUAUUCAUCUCCCGAGCUUAUUGCAUCUCUCUCUUCGAGAUGAGACAAAUCUACCUGAUGGGAUUGGCUGCAUCAGGUCUCUGCGUACACUACAGUAUUUUGACCUUGGCAAUAACACUGAAGACAAUGUACUGAGCCUCGGUGGCCUGAUGAACCUGCAGUAUCUUCAUCUCACCUAUUCCACAGUGCAUUGUGAUGAGCAUCUGAAGAGAAAUAUGGUCGCUCUGGCCUCUUCUGUUAUCAAGCUUGUUAACCUCAAAUCUGUCAUUCUGGCUCCUGGAGCUUUAAGCACAGCCAUUUACCAUGAUGUCUUGAGCAGCGUUUCCUCUCCUCCUGUUUUUCUUCAGGGUCUUCAGAAACUUGAUUUGUUGCCCCCAAUUUGCAUCUUUUCCAGUUUUCCCAAGGAUAUUGGAGCAGUUCGCAAACUUUGCUAUUUGAAUCUUGUGGUCCGUGAACUACGAAGGAAUGAUAUUGACAGCAUCACAGGAUUGCCUGCCCUAACUGUUCUUUCAUUGUAUGUCCGGCAACCCCCUGCAGAAAGCAUCAUCUUCAACAAUGGGGCGUUCCCUGCUCUCAAGUAUUUCAAAUACAUGUGUGGUGUACUGUGCCUGGCCUUCCAGGAAGGAGCAUUGCCCAAUGUUCAUAGGCUCAAGCUAGGUUUCAAUGCCCGCAAAGGACAGCAGUAUGAUGUUUUGCUUGCCGGCAUUCAGCACUUGGUAAACCUGAAGAAGAUUGAUGGAAUAAUUGGGGCAGCCGAGGGUGCUGAGGAACCCGACAGAAGUGCCGCAGAGUCUGCGUUCAAGGACACCAUUCACAAGCAUUCAAGGUUUCCUAGUUACGUCAAUGUAAAAAGGGUAGAUUGGGUUGAGGAAGAGAACAAGCCAAGGACCGAAGUUAACAGCCCAUCAAGUAAAUGUCAUGAAAUUCUACAACAGCGUGGCGUAAAUGAGACCGAGGAAGAUACAAAGCAGUCUGCUGAUAGCGGGGUGACAAAUCAGAUCAUGCAGGUGCCUCCUCAGCAUAUGGAUUUAUGCGCAGCCGAUACAAAGCUGACUAUGCCUAGUAAUAACAGAAUGCCAUUUCCUGAAAAGUUAGAGGAUAAUAUUGCAGCUGAAGCAGUGACCUUUUCAUGUACUACAUCAUCUGGUUCAAGUCCAAAAUCAUCGUCAGCUCCAUCAUCUCAUCACUCUUUACCUGAAACAUAUACAUGGGAUCCGGAGGGAUCUCCUUGGCCAAGGGCAUUGAGAAGUCCUUCUCUUACGCCAAGGAAUACCAGUGCCCCUCAAUCAGCUAUGCAUCCGAUGUUAUCCCCAGAAUAUCAUAUUUCACAUGCUGAAGGCACCUGGAGUACUGCCUAUUUUCACCCCUUACCACUUCCUCUACUUCCUCCCAGUGCUAUAAGCCAAGUGAAAGCAACUCUCAGCAACCAGCCCGCUCCAAAAGUUGAAAUGUCUUUAGUAGCUGGUCAAUGGGAAAAGAGAAAACUUAUAGGUAGUGGUACAUUUGGUGAUGUAUAUGAAGCUACCAACAGGCACACUGGAGCUCUUUGUGCAGUGAAAGCGAUCAGUAUAAUUCCUAAUGAUUCUAGAUCUGCUGAGUCCUUGAAGCAAUUAGAUCAGGAAAUAAAGCUUCUAAGCCAAUUUAAGCAUGAGAACAUAGUUCAGUAUUAUGGUAGCGAAACUAUAGAAGGCCACCUCUACAUUUACAUGGAGUAUGUUCAUCCUGGUUCAAUUAAUAAGUAUAUCCAACAACAUCGUGGAGCAAUAACAGAAUCGAUUGUCUGCAACUUCACUCACCAUAUUCUUAGGGGUUUAGCAUUUUUGCAUGGCCAAAAUAUUAUGCAUAGGUAUGUGCAAAUAUGUAUCCUUAUUUACAUAGUUUCUGCUAACUAGGUCAGCGGGGCUUUUGAACUCAUGGUUUGCUCUCACUACUGCUUGCAAUUUUUUACCUUCAGCUAUUGCCCAUUCUCUCUUUAACCGUCUUCUUUUUUCACCUCAUUGUAUUAUAUUCUCUCUGAUUUUGAUUUACUAGAUCGCGAUAUGUGAUCUAUUGGUACAAUAAAUAUUGCUGUUAGUUGUCUUGCUCCCCCCUUCCUUCUUUUUUUCGAGGAGCAACGGACAGUGGGAGAUCCUCCCACUGACUUUUAUAAAAUAAGAGAGCCAAACAUCAAUUACAA